CUUUGUGAAUUGGUACGUACCAUAAACUGUGCUAAAGUUCAUAGAAAGACAAGGUGAGGUGGGGGAAAAAACCAAAGUGAGUAGCAGUGUGAAAGUAUCAAGAAGGAAAAGAAACAGGGAACAGAGGACACAAAAUGGACCAAAAAAAGAACUUGCAGUGUUCGAUCCGGGAGUACCAGGCUGAGGAUAAAGACGCCGUCAUCUCAUUGUUUCGCAAUGGGAUUUUGGAACAUGUUUACCCAGCUUUCUUCAAGACCAUAAGCCACCCAGAUCAAAUUGGUGUGACCCUAAGCAUUUCCAUGGCAGGGUACGUGCUAGGUGGAAGCUCCUAUUUCAUGGCCUUACUCUUUGGAGGAGCGUGGGCUGGUCUCAUCUACUACUGCUGCUAUGAAAUAUACGAGGGCUACAGGCUAAGAAGGAUGGCCACGGACAUGGCCGACAUCCAGGCCAGCUUCCUAGACAACCCAGACAACGGCUUCUGGGUGGCGAAGGCUGAGGUCAAUGGCAAGUCCAAGGUGGCUGGGCUGGUGGCGGUAGUGGGGAGGAGGGGAGGGGACGAAAGGGGAGAUGGCUGGAAUGGAGGGGUUUUGAGUGGGGUCGAUGAGAUAGGCCAAGAUGAGAGAGAUGGAAGCUACGGUGAGGUGCCCCACUUGAUCGUGUCGUUCGCGUACCGCAAAAAAGGCCUUGGGUCCCAACUAGCUCAUAAGGUCAUGGAGUUCUGCAAGGAUCGUGGCUUCUCUCGUGUUGUCCUGGAAACCAGCUCGCCACAGACAGCAGCCAAUGCCCUCUACAGCAAACUAGGCUUCAUUCAAACCUCCUGCCACAGUAACACGCACGUUAACCACUGGUUCUCCAAACUGGCCAACAUCCAAGUGAUGCAUAUGGAGAAGUACAUCUAACAAUCAAAAGUUCAUCUAGCAUCAUUCAGCCACAGCUACCCAUGACAGGACUACCAUGUAGAAAUAAACACAGCUAUUUAAUCUCAAUUACUCGAGACAGGCCCUUUUCAAUCAAGUGUUUCCAGUGAAGGUCGAGCUUACACAUAAAGCCUGUCUCUUGUCCAAACAGUUUGACAACAUACUGUACAUGUUAUCAGAUCACUUCACAAUUUGAUCAGAAUGAAGGUUUCUAUCUCCUUAGCGUACUACUUUUCAGAUGUCUUAAUGUAUGCAGCAUAUAUUAUGUUAUCUGAAGGUAUUGAGACCAUCGCACCAGUUUGAAGAAAAAUUAUUUAUAAAAAUGUUUGCCGAUACUGAGAAAAUAAAAUCUCAAAUUAAUAUUUGUGAAAGAAAGUAUUGGAUAUGAUGCAAAAAAAAUAAACAAUA